AGGCUACAAUAUUCUGCAUCUUGCCACUAUUGAUGGAAAUGCUUUCCUUCUGGUGCUCCUCUUACAUCAAGAAAUACCGGUGGAUGUCCCCGAUCAACAGGGCCACACAGGUCUGAUGUGGGCGGCAUACAAAGGUUAUCCUGCCUGCGUGGAUAUAUAUUUGCGUUGGGGCGCGAAUGCUAAUGCUAUCGAUGGUGGUGGUUCGCGAAAACUAGGGAUGGCAAAUCUCCAGCUACUGUGGCGAGUGAGAUGAACACGACACGGAUAUGGUAUCGUGCUUUAGAUGAAUGUGGUUAUGAUUUGAACGGGAACACCAAAAUUCUGCCCAUGGGCUUGACGCCUUGGGUGCGGAGUAAGAACGCUUUAUCGAAAUUCUUCUUCUUGUGGCCCUUCCUUAUGAUUCUCGCUGCUAUUUGGAUUCUCAGCAAUAUGGUUGUAUUCGUGGCGAUUCCACUUAUGCUGCUUAUUGUUUAUGCUCUUCAGUGGAUGGCUCAACAAGUCGCUAAUCACGGCCCUCCAGAGUAUCGGAUUCUCCAAAAGACGCCCUACCUGUCCGGGGUUUUUGCAGGCUCUCUUUUCUGGGUCGGCUUUAGAUAUGCCUUCUAUCUGCUACCCGUGACGUAUUCGUCAUCACCGAUCGCCAACCUUCUCUUCACUCUGUUUUUUUCUCUUACAACAUAUUUCUAUUACUGCGCGAUGUCCGAGGAUCCAGGCUUCGUUCCGAAGAUGGGUAGCAGGAACCAAGAGCGAGCAGUAGUUACUGAACUCUUCGAGCAAUGGAGAUUCGACGAAGAAAACUUUUGCGUUUCAUGUAUGAUUCGGAAGCCGUUGCGUAGCAAGCAUUGCAAGCGUUGUGGGCGGUGCGUUGCGAAGCAUGAUCAGUGAGUUUCACCCUGCAAACGGAUUACGAAGCGGCCACUGACGUCGUGCAGUCACUGCCCAUGGAUCGACAAUUGUGUCGGAGCGAACAACCUGCGUCACUUUGUCUCAUAUAUAAUAUGUUUAGAAAUCGGCAUCGUCUUAUUCUUGCGCUUGACAUUUACUUGUAAGUUAUUCGUGCACAAUC